GCCUCUCCAGGCCUAGGAAGGUGCCCUCUCACCCUGCCCAGUUGUCUCCCAGAGCCUCUCUCCAGACUGGCCAGAGAGGCCCUAUUGUGCUGCCAUCUCUUGCAUCUCAUAUUCUUCAACCCUGUCAGGAGAAGAGCUGGGGCGGCCCUGACUGCCAGGCCCACCAGGGCCAGCAGAGUGGGCUGUUUGUAAUGGACUGAGGUGAGAUGUGCGCAGGAGCUGCACUGACUCGGCCGCCUGCGUGCUGUGUGUCCUUGGGAUGUUCCCUAAUCUCUCUGGACCUUGGUUUCUUCCUCUGAAGAAUGGGGCUGAACCUCCCGGAGGUGCCCAGUGCUCUCUCCCGGCAGAGCCGACCCUCACUGAUGGGAGCGCUGGGCUCAUCUGUGAGCAGGGCCUCGUUACUGGGCAAGCAGCAGGUGACCUUCCCCAUCCCUUGCAGGGCCGCUGUCCCGAGGUUCGUCCAGCAGAAACUCUACCUCUUCUUGCAGCAUUGCUUUGGCCACUGGCCCCUGGACGCAUCAUUCAGAGCUGUCCUGGAGAUGUGGCUGAGCUACCUGCAGCCGUGGCGGUAUGCACCUGACAAGCAGGCUCUGGGCAGCAACUCCCAGCCCCGGUGUGUGUCGGAGAAAUGGGCGCCCUUUGUCCAGGAGAACCUGCUGAUGUACACCAAGUUGUUGGGCUUCCUGAACUGCGUGCUCCGCACAGACCUGGUCAGCCCCAAGCAUGCGCUCAUGGUGUUCCGAGUGGCCAAAGUCUUUGCCCAGCCCAACCUGGCUGAGAUGAUUCAGAAAGGUGAGCAGCUGUUCCUGGAGCCAGAGCUGGUCAUCCCCCACCGCCAGCACCGACUCUUCACGGCCCCCACAUUCACUGGGAGCUUCCUGUCACCCUGGCCACCAGCAGUCACUGAUGCCUCCUUCAAGGUGAAGAGCCAUGUCUACAGCCUGGAGGGCCAGGACUGCAAGUACACCCCGAUGUUUGGGCUCGAGGCCCGCACCCUGGUCCUGCGCCUUGCUCAGCUCCUCACACAGGCCAAACACACAGCCAAGUCCAUCUCGGACCAGUGUGCGGAGAGCCCGGCUGGCCACUCCUUCCUCUCAUGGCUGGGCUUUAGCUCCAUGGACACCAGCGGCUCCUACACAGCCAACGACCUGGACGAGAUGGGGCAAGACAGCGUCUGGAAGACAGAUGAAUACCUGGAGAAGGCCCUGGAGUACCUGCGCCAGAUAUUCCGGCUCAGCAAAGCGCAGCUCAGGCAGUUCACACUCGCCUUGGGCACCACCCAGGAUAAGAAUGGAAAAAAGCAGCUUCCCGACAUCGUGGGUGAGGACGGACUCAUGCUUACGCCCCUGGGGCGGUACCAGAUCAUCAAUGGGCUGCAAAGGUUUGAAAUUGAGUCGGGGGACCUGGAGCUGUAGCCCAUCUGGAGCUAUGAGAUCGCCAGCUUGGUCCGCACGCUCUUCAGGCUGUCGUCUGCCGUCAACCACAGAUUUGCUGGACAGAUGGCGCUCUGUUCCCGGGAUGACUUCCUCGGCAGCUUCUGUCGCUACUACCUCACAGAACCUGGGCUGGCCAGCAGGCACCUGCUGAGCCCUGUGGGGCAGAGGCAGGUGGCCGGCCACACCCGCGGCCCCAGGCUCAGCCUGCGCUUCCUGGGCAGUUACCAGACGCUGGUCUCGCUGCUGCUCACCCUAGGCUACGUCCUCUACGCCUCUGCCAUGACACUGCUGACCGAGCGGGGGAAGCUGCACCAGCCCUGAAGGUGUCAGCUGCCUUCAGAGCAGGCUGGAGGGAUUUGCCACACAGCCCCACCCUUGGGCCUGAGAGGACCUGGGAAGCCCCUCCAGGAGGGAACACGGUCAUCCUCGGGCUUCUGGAGUGGGGUUCCUGCAGCCUCAGAGGCAUCUGGAGGAAAUGCAACCAAGAAGGGAAGGCAGGUGGGGCCCAGCAAAGGAGUGGCUACCAGGGCUCAACAGCCACGCUCUGUGACAGCACAGAGCUCAGCGCCGGCCUUUCCCUCCCUCUGCCAAGGACUCAUGGCCAAGCCAGCUCUCGGGGCCUUUUUUUCCAGUGCCCAUUUGGGUACUCUGCUGCACCAAGCUUGGGAGCCAGCCGGCCAACCGCCGCCUGGGCCUGGCCUCCCCACUGGCUGGCCUUGAGGUGGGCAGAGUGGGUUGUGGUGCCUCCUCUCCCUGUGUGGGACCAGGACGGUGGCUCAAGUCUCCAUUCCAGGAAAGAAUCAAAGUUUCUAGAGUUGUGCAAAAACUAGAGAGUGGCUCUCCUGAUUCUUCACUGUGAGGGGCAUUCUUCAUGUUCUCCCAGCUGUUCCAAGACUGGGCCAUAGAAUUCCAUGUUUCAGGAGCCUAAGACCCUCCCAGAGCCCAGGUGCUUCACUGCAGACCCCAAGCCAUUGAGCACAUCACCCAGAGCAGUGGCCAGCAUCACGGACCCCUGUGCCUUGUCACAGAUGGGUGCUGAUCCUCAGGCAUUGGGGACACUGCUGGGUUGACGGGUUUGGAUUCUGCCAGUUUCUGCUCUGCAGCCAAAGAUGGUCAGAAGCAUUGUCACUUCACUAACAUCAAGUGCUCAAAGACACGGCAACCGUUCAAUGAUACUUAAGUAUUCAAAGUACGACUACAGAUUCUCUGACAGAAACCAGCACGGGGUCUUCACCUUCAUUCACCCCACAGACGACAUGUGAGGGAGAACAGCAUCUCAGUGGUGAUUUCCAAACCAAGCCUUUGUUUUCGGUGUGGGGCUUUGGGGGUUUGCUUUAAUGUUUUCCAAAUGUGAAUGUUGGGCUUUGUAUUUUGAUGUAAACUGAGAAUAAUGGCAUUUUAGGGCCUGUGACCAAAAAUCAAGCUUGUAACGACCAUGGAUCUAAAUAAACCUGUCCUUGCUUCUGA